AUGCUCCUGAGGCAGAUGCACGCCAGGGUCUCCCACUCCCUGCCAGACCCAUGCCAAGCAGAAGACAGCAGGCCCUCGGCCACCUGUGCCUUGAAGGAGGGGCUGUCUCCAUGCCACCUGUUGACAGUGAGGGUCAUCCGGAUGAAAAAUGUCCGGCAGGCUGAUAUGCUGAGCCAGACAGACUGUUUUGUGAGCCUCUGGCUGCCCACCGCCUCUCAGAAGAAGCUGAGGACAAGGACCAUCUCCAACUGCCCAAAUCCAGAGUGGAAUGAAAGCUUCAACUUCCAGAUCCAGAGCCGAGUGAAGAACGUGCUAGAGUUGAGUGUCUGUGAUGAAGACACAGUGACACCAGAUGACCAUCUCCUGACAGUUCUCUAUGACCUCACCAAGCUCUGUUUCCGAAAGAAAACCCACGUGAAGUUUCCACUCAACCCGCAGGGCAUGGAAGAGCUGGAGGUGGAGUUCUUGCUGGAGGAGAGUCCCUCUCCACCUGAGACCCUCGUCACCAAUGGCGUGCUGGUGUCUCGACAAGUCUCCUGCCUGGAGGUUCAUGCACAAUCCAGGAGGCGGAGGAAGAGGGAGAAAAUGAAGGACCUCCUGGUGAUGGUGAACGAAUCCUUUGAGAACACCCAGCGUGUCCGGCCCUGCUUGGAACCCUGCUGCCCAACUUCUGCCUGCUUCCAAACUGCUGCCUGCUUCCACUACCCCAAGUACUUCCAGUCCCAGGUGCACGUGGAAGUGCCCAAGAGUCAUUGGAGCUGUGGGCUUUGCUGCUGCUCUCGCAAGAAUGGCCCCAUCAGCCAGCCCCUCGACUGCCUUUCCGAUGGUCAGGUGAUGACCCUGCCUGUGGGUGAGAGUUAUGAAUUACACAUGAAGUCUACACCCUGCCCUGAGACACUGGACGUGCGGCUGGGCUUCAGCCUGUGCCCAGCAGAGCUGGAGUUUCUGCAGAAGCGGAAGGUCGUGGUGGCCAAGGCCCUGAAGCAGGUGCUGCAGCUGGAGGAAGACCUGCAGGAGGAUGAGGUGCCGCUGAUAGCCAUCAUGGCCACUGGGGGUGGAACAAGAUCCAUGACCUCCAUGUAUGGCCACCUGCUGGGGCUGCAGAAGCUGAACCUCCUGGACUGUGCCAGCUACAUCACUGGUCUAUCAGGGGCCACCUGGACCAUGGCUACCUUGUACCGUGACCCUGACUGGUCCUCCAAAAACUUGGAGCCUGCUAUCUUUGAGGCUCGGAGACAUGUGGUAAAGGACAAGCUACCCUCCCUGUUCCCAGACCAGCUCCGCAAAUUCCAGGAGGAGCUCCGGCAGCGCAGCCAGGAAGGCUACAGGGUCACCUUUACAGACUUCUGGGGCCUGCUGAUAGAGACCUGCCUGGGGGACGAGAGAAAUGAAUGCAAACUGUCAGAUCAGCGUGCUGCUUUGAGCUGCGGCCAGAACCCCCUGCCCAUCUACCUCACCAUCAAUGUCAAGGAUGAUGUAAGCAACCAGGACUUCAGAGAGUGGUUCGAGUUCUCCCCCUACGAGGUGGGCCUCCAGAAGUAUGGGGCCUUCAUCCCCUCCGAGCUCUUCGGCUCCGAGUUCUUCAUGGGGCGGCUGGUGAAGAGGAUCCCGGAGUCUCGAAUCUGCUACAUGCUAGGCCUGUGGAGCAGCAUCUUCUCCCUGAACCUGCUGGAUGCCUGGAACCUGUCACACACCUCGGAGGAGUUUUUCCACAGGUGGACAAGGGAGAAAGUGCAGGACAUCGAAGAUGAGCCGAUCCUGCCUGAAAUCCCCAAAUGUGAUGCUAACAUCCUGGAGACCACGGUAGUGAUCCCAGGGUCGUGGCUGUCCAAUUCUUUCCGAGAAAUCCUUACCCAUCGGUCCUUCGUGUCUGAGUUUCACAACUUCCUGUCUGGGCUGCAGCUGCACACCAACUACCUCCAGAAUGGCCAGUUCUCUAGGUGGAAAGACACAGUGCUAGAUGGUUUCCCAAACCAGCUGACUGAGUCCGCGAACCACCUGUGCCUGCUGGACACUGCGUUCUUUGUCAACUCCAGCUACCCGCCCCUCCUCAGGCCAGAGCGAAAAGCCGACCUCAUCAUCCACCUCAACUACUGUGCUGGGUCCCAGACAAAGCCCCUGAAACAAACUUGUGAGUACUGCACUGUGCAGAACAUCCCCUUCCCCAAAUACGAGCUGCCAGAUGAGAAUGAAAAUCUCAAGGAAUGCUACCUGAUGGAGAACCCCCAGGAACCCGAUGCCCCCAUCGUGACUUUCUUCCCACUCAUCAAUGACACUUUCCGAAAAUACAAGGCACCAGGUGUAGAGCGAAGCCCUGAGGAGCUGGAGCAGGGCCAGGUGGACAUUUAUGGUCCCAAAACUCCCUAUGCCACCAAGGAGCUGACAUACACAGAGGCCACCUUUGACAAGCUGGUGAAACUCUCUGAGUAUAACAUCCUGAAUAAUAAGGACACUCUCCUCCAGGCUCUGCGGCUCGCAGUGGAGAAGAAGAAGCGCCUGAAGGGCCAGUGUCCCUCCUAGGCCCCAGGGAGCCUCCCUUGUUCUGUGUCAGCUUCUACCAUCAGAGGUGCAGGACCCCUCAGGGCUGACCAGGUUAC